AUGCCAUCUCCAGCUGAACAAUACUACCCAUCGGAACCAAAGGCUCCGAUUAUCAAGACCCCAGAAGUCCCAGGCCCUGAGAGUAAGAAGAGGCUAGCUGAAUUAAAUGACCUUUACGAUUGUAGACCGGCCGCAUUUAUGGCUGACUAUGAGAAAUCCAUCGGUAAUUAUAUUACCGAUGUGGAUGGCAAUGUGAUGCUAGAUGUGUACGCCCAAAUUGCCUCUAUUGCAUUGGGUUACAACAACCCUGCCUUAAUUGAGGCCACAAAGACACCAGAGAUGAUCAGAGCUCUAGUUGACCGUCCAUCACUGUGCUCAUUCCCUCCAACAGACUUGGAGAAGAGCUUGAAUCAGCUCUUGAAGUUUGCUCCCAAGGGCCAAAACCGCAUUUGGUGUGGUUUGAGUGGUACAGAUGCUAAUGAAUUGGCCUUUAAGGCUGCUUUCAUCUACUACAAGAGCAUGCAGAGAGGGUAUGACGCAGAAUUUACCGCCGAGGAAGAAGAAAGUGUCAUGAACAAUGAGGAGCCAGGUGCACCCCACUUGUCUAUUCUAUCCUUCAAAAAAGCUUUCCAUGGGAGACUUUUUGCGGCUGCAUCAGUGACUAACUCCAAGGCUGUGCACAAGCUGGACUUCCCACAGUUCCAUUGGCCUCACGCCGAGUUCCCUGACUAUAAGUACCCUCUCCAUGAGCAUGAAGAGGAAAACCGUAAGGAAGACGAGCGCUGCUUGGCCAAUGCGGAAAAGAUAAUCAACACUUGGGAGACCCCAAUUGCUGCUGUGAUCAUUGAGCCAGUCCAAGCUGAAGGUGGUGAUAACCAUGCUUCAAAAUACCUUCUACAAGGACUAAGAGAUUUAACCUUGAAAUAUGGUAUUGUAUACAUCAUCGAUGAGGUACAAACAGGUGUAGGUGCCACUGGUAAAUUAUGGUGUCACGAACAUGCCGAUAUUCAACCACCACCAGAUAUUGUGACUUUUGCUAAGAAGUUCCAGACAUGUGGAUACUUCUUCCAUGAGCCAAAGAUUGUUCCUAACAAGCCAUCGAGACAAUUUAACACCUGGUGUGGUGAUCCAGCUAGAAUGUUAAUUGGUGGGGCCAUUGGUCAAGAAAUCACUGACAAAAAAUUGGUUGAGCAAUGCUCUAGGGUUGGUGAUUAUCUGUUUGGUAAACUUGAAGAGCUACAGAAGCAAUACCCAAAGAAACUUUUAAGACUAAGAGGUAAAAACAGAGGUACCUUCAUCGCCUGGGAUUUAGAAACCGGUGAGGAAAGAGAUGCUUUCUUGAAGAAGAUGAGGGCAAAUGGUGUGAACAUUGGCGGUUGUGCUAAUUCAACAGUCAGACUAAGACCAACUUUGACUUUUGAAGAAAAACACGCUGACAUCCUCAUUGAUGUUUUGAAGAAAGUUCUACAAGAGUGA